AUGGCAGAAACAACCAGCAGUUCUGAGUCCAAGAGGAUUGCAGUUGUUACUGGAGCUAACAAAGGGAUUGGAUUUGAGAUUAGUAGGCAACUAGCUACUAAUGGAGUUGGGGUGGUAGUGGCAGCAAGAGAUGUGUAGAGAGGAACAGAAGCUGUAGAAAAACUUAAGGCUUCUGGUUUCUCUGAUAUAUUCUUUCAUCAGCUAGAUGUGAACCCAACUACCAUAGCUUCUCUGGCAGAUUUUCUCAAAAACUAGUUUGGAAAGCUUGACAUAUUGGAAUUUGUUAACAAUGCAGGAGUCCUUGGAUCCACAUACCUCACAGAUAACGUCGUAAUUUUAGGUUCUACAUCACUGAAAGAUGUUUUACUGCACACAUACGAGACGGCAGAGUGUUGCUUGAAAACAAACUAUUUUGGAGUUAAGCAACUCACAGAAGCACUUCUUCCACUUCUUCAAAAAUCAGAAGCAGCAAGAAUAGUGAACGUCUCUUCAGCACUGGGACAGCUGAAGUUUGUUGGAAAUGAGAAAGCCAAGAAGGAGCUUGGAGAUGUCGAUAACCUCACUGUGGAAAAGGUGGACAAGCUAGCUGAGGAAUUUCUGGAGGAUGUGAAGCAGGAUUUGAUAGAAUCCAAAGGCUGGCCUGUAAACAUGUCUUCUUACAUUGUAUCAAAAGCAGCUCUGAAUGCUUAUACAAGAAUCUUGGCAAAGAAGUAUCCCAAAAUUGCUACCAACGCAGUAAGUCCUGGUUUUACAAAAACAGACAUCAACCAAAAUACUGGGACUAACACAAUUGAAGAAGCUGCAGAAGGUCCUGUGAAGCUGGCUUUGAUAGCUGACACUGGAAUUUCUGGCCUCUACUUUGAACUGACUGAAGAGUCAACCUUUGAAUGA